UCAUCAUUCUAUUUUGCUUAAUAAAACCAUCUGUUUUUAAAACUGGAGGUCUCGAAAGCGAAGCCUGGUACUCUUCAAAGUCUCAACCCGAACAGCUAGCAGGCCGGUACCAAACAAAAGUCUCCUAUGUAAGGAGGCGUCACCCCUGGGCAAAUCAAAUCGCAGACCCACGUUCUCCCGGAUAGACGUCUUUCCCGACCAAUGAUUUCCUACGUUGGAGGCGGGUUUCACAUAGCUGGCCUAUGGAAGCGUACGUUGGCUCAGCCAAUAGAGUCAGGGCAGGGGGCGUGGCGGGAAGUUUGAAACUUGCAGCUUCGGGAGUUGAGCCUCGCUGUGCUGUGUACCCAAAGGUGGAAUUGGGGCCCGGCAUCCCCUCCUCGUCCCAGGCCGGGCCCUGCCCUCACCCUACAAGUCUUGGUUAAGAUGGGCUCAGCCAAGAGCGUCCCAGUUACUCCAGCGGGGCCUCCGCCGCACAACAAGCAUCUAGCGCGAGUGGCAGACCCCCGUUCGCCUAGUGCUGGUAUCCUGCGUACUCCCAUCCAGGUGGAGAGCUCUCCACAGCCAAGUGUACCAGUAGGGGAACAGCUGGAGGCUCCCAAACAUGCCCAGGACUCAGAUCCCCGCUCUCCUACCCUUGGCAUUGCACGGACACCUAUGAAGACCAGCAAUGGAGACCCUACAAGCCCAUUGGUGAAACAACUGAGUGAAGUAUUUGAGAUUGAAGCCUCCAAAUCAAAUCUUCCCCCAGAGCCUAUUCUGCCCUUGGAGGCAUCUUCAUCUUCUGAAUUGGACUUGCCUCUGGAUACUCAGUUAUCCCUUGAGGAUCAGAGGCCAUCUUGGAACCAGGCUGAGCUCCCCUCUAAACAGGUGUUUUCUAAGGAGGAAGCAAGACAGCUCACAGAAACCCCUGUCAACAGCCAUAGCUCAGACAAGCCUUUAAGAGAUCCUGAAACUCCCCGCUCUUCAGGUUCUAAGCGAAAUAGACGGAAACCAAAAGGCAAGGUAAUAGGGAGGUCGCCCCUCACCAUUCUGCAAGAUGACAACUCCCCUGGGACUCUGACACCACGACAGGGUAAGCGGACUUCCUCCCUAAGUGAAAAUGUUAGGGAACUAAAGGAAGGAGCCAUCCUUGGAACUGGACGACUCCUGAAAACUGGAGGACGAGCAUGGGAGCAAGGCCAGGACCAUGACAAGGAAAAUCAGCACUUCCCCUUGGUAGAGAGCUAGGUCCUAUGUGGCCCCAGCACUGGAUUCACCCAGCGCCUGGUACCCCCUUAUUUCCCAGGGAGACUGAGGAAAGGCUUGUUUUCUUUGACUCCUCCUAAUUUACCAAUCUGGGACUGAGAGCUUUAUUGGGAUAUCUUUAUGUCUUAUAUGUUUCUUGUAUAUUAAAGGAAAUGGUUUUAAAUGAUGCUUUUAAAAGGUAUACGUAAACUUU